ACCUGUGAAAGGCAACUUGCUCCUCUGAGUGAGUCAGGUGGUCAGAGGUUUGGAUACAGUCGGAUGCCGAGUCCCAGUCUCCCUCCAGUGAUACAUCAAAGAAGCCAAGAUGACCUUCAUUGCUAAGACCUUCUAUGACCUGAGGGCCACCUCGCUAGAAGGGGACUCGGUAGACUUCAAUGUCUUCAGGGGACGAGUGGUCCUGAUAGAGAAUGUGGCCUCCCUCUGAGGCACCACCGCCCGGGACUUCAGCGAGCUGAAUCAGCUGCAGAGCAAGUACCCCCAUCGGCUGGUGGUCCUGGGCUUCCCUUGUAACCAGUUUGGAUACCAGGAAAACUGUACCAAUGGUGAGAUUCUGCAUUCACUGCAGCACGUGCGACCAGGCGGUGGCUUCAAGCCCAACUUCACCUUGUUUGAGAAGUGCGAUGUCAACGGAGCAAACACACAUCCAGUCUUUGCCUAUCUCAAAUUCAAACUCCCUUAUCCCGAAGAUGACCCAAGUUCCCUCAUGCAGGAUCCCAGAUUUCUUGUUUGGAGUCCAGUUAGCAGGGCGGACGUCUCCUGGAACUUUGAGAAAUUCCUUAUCGGGCCAGAGGGAGAGCCCUUUAAGAGAUACAGCAGGAAUUUUCCAACUAUUGACGUAGAGCCUGACAUCCAAAGGCUGCUAAGAUUAACAAAGACCUAAGAAUAGUAUCCACUUCCUAAUGGCAUUUCAUUCAUUACUGUCAAAGCUGACAUGAUGACCUUCACACUUUUAAGCCUUAAUAAAUGAGGGUGAUAUUCUAAAACGUUUGCAGAAUAUCACCUGAAGUCAAAUAAGUGCUUAAAAUUAGUGGAUGUUAUUUUCAUUUUUCAGUGAUUUUUUUUCUUCAAAUGACAGUGUUUUAAAGAAUAUGAAAACUUAUUCUGUAAGUUUUGUUUCUUGUCUUUCAUAAAAGCUACCAGCAGAUGGUGCUACCCAACAAAUCAUGCAGAUAGAAACUCCAGUCAUGCUUUUAUGAAUUGGCAUUCCAAGCACAAUCAAGAAUGCACAUAAAUAAAAUCUUGAAACUCA